AUGCAAUGCGAAGCGUUGCCUCGGGAUUUGAAAGUUGAUCUUUGUAGAAAAGUGUAUGUAAGUGCAUUAGAGGAGAGUUUGUUGGAGUUUGUUAUACAUCAGUGUCGUAAUAGAAAACAAAAACAAAUAUUAGAUUUUUUGUAAAAUACGUCUAAUUAUUUCUAACUUAAAUUAGCUGACAAUAAUUUUUUGUAAAAAUUUAAAAUUAAAUUUUUUUUUUAAAGUUUUCAACAACAGAAAAGGUAAUUCUCACAUUUUCAUUUACUAUAUGAAACCAUUGCUUCUCUUACUUAUUUGUGCUCUUGCCUUUUUUUUGUAAGUGCUUUAUCUAAAAAAGCAGCGAUGAAAGAGCAAGCCUCCCGAUGUCUGAUUUGUUACAUGUUUUAGUCUUUUUUGAAUUUCUAUAACUUUUAAAAUUUACAAAAAGCACUUUAAUAUUUUUUUGAUGUUUUAAUAUGUAAAUUAGUAUAAGCUUCUGUUUAUUUGAAAUUUUUGAGCCGUGGGUUUGUUAUAGGUAAGCUGUUUAAAGGCUUAAAAGCUUGCGGAAGAUCUAGUUUGGUGUAGGAAAUAGUAAGUUAGUGUAGGUAGUUGUUCAACUUUUUUGAAUAAGGGGGGGGGGCUGUUAAAGUAGGGAGAAAACUCUUUUUUUUGUCACCAUAUCUGAUAGAAAUACGAUAUUUUAAAUAAUAGGGCAGUUAUACUUUGUAUUUAUUGUUCUGUUUAUUUAGGUAUGGGUACCGGCUUGACCGAGGAGUACGCUUUGACGUUAGUUAGAAAAUGGAGGGAUUUUGGAGGUGUUCAAAAGAAAAGAAAGAUUGAAAGGGUAGGUUAAUAUCAAUAACAUUGGUAAUUUUUCAUUAUUUUUAUCCCUCCUCUUGUCUCAGAAAAACAAAUUAUUGAGUCUAGCCUAACAUAGAGCCUAGCUUACUCAACUGCGUAGCUUAUUCUAUGCUUAUCCUACUUUAAGUUUUAACUUGCUCAAAGGCCUAGUGUACCCCAGGGUCUGGCUUACCCUAAAGCCUAAUUUACCCUAGGGUUUCCCCUACCCAAGGGCCUAGUCUACUCUAAGACUUAGUCUACCUUAGGGCCUAGUCUACCUUAGGGCCUAGUCUACCCUAGGGCCUAGUUAUCCUAAAGCUUUUCCUAUCAUACGGCCUGGUCAACCCUAAAGCUUAGUCUGCCUUAAAGCCUAGUUUACUCUAGGGUUUACCUUACUCUUCCUUAACUUUCUCUACUCUACCCUACUCUACCCUACGCUACUCUACCUGAAAUGUAAAAUAUGAAUGUCCUCCUUAAAAGCUUUCUUUUAUUUAGGUAACAAUAAACCCAUUAUCAGUGGCAGAUCUUGGUUUCUUGUCAGUUGUCUACAAUGUGAUUCUGACUUUUGACGAUGAAUCCGAAUUCCAAUACAUAGUGAAAAUACCAAGUUCUGAUAGACUGAAUGCUGAUGUCACUACAGGAGCGGAACAACAAGCUAUGGAAGAGUUGUUGAUUAUCAUGCACAAUAGAGAAUGUUUACUUUACGAGAUUCUGAAGGAUAUUGAUGUACCUAUACCUAAAUUGUAUGCUUGUAAGGUGAGUGUAUAACUAUUUGAAGCUAUAGUUGUAUAGGAAAUAAGCCACACAGACAAAGCCGGCUACGUGGUAAUGGAGAGUUUCAUAGGCAGAGCUACAGUAAUGGGCUUGACAGCCCAAAUCACAGCUCAACAAGCCUUUGUUUUGGCCAAAACUCUGGGUAAACUUCAAGCAGAAAUGGAGAAGGUACCCAAAAACCUAUGGGCGGAUCUAAAUGACACUUUUCGAGUCGAAAAAGACCUUGUCACACCAAUGGUUGAGCCACAUUCGGAAAUGCUGAUAAAGUACGAUCCUGCCACUUUUAGGCCAUUGAUUGAAAAGUCGAAGCCAUUUAUGAAUCCACAGUUUACACGAUAUGUCAAACAGAUCAAAGCGAAGGAGUUGGGUAGGUUUUGAAACUUAGAAAUAAGUUGGGGGGGGGGGUGUUUUGGGUAGGCAUUAGAUUAGGAGAGGGGGGGGGGGAAGUGAGGUUGGGGAAGGAAUGAUGUUAGAGAAGGGGUUAGAUUGAGCAUGGUUACUAUGCGCUUAAAAUUAAGGGUAAGAUGUGUAGGGUAAAGAGUAGCGAAAGGCUAGGGUAAAGUGUAAGGUAGGCCAAGUUAAGACAAAUAAAAAUAGGGUAGGGUAAACUAACAUUGUAAGGGUAUGGUAUAAGUAAUGUAGAGUAAGGAUAGGGUAAAGUAGAGUAGGGUGGGGUAGCAUAGGAUAGAGUAUGGGAGUGUAGGGUAGGGUAGAGUAGAAUAGGGUAGGGUAGGGUAGGGUAGGGUAAGGUAGGGUAGGGUAGGGUAGGGUAGGGUAGGGUAGGGUAGGGUAGGGUAGGGUAGGGUAGAGUAGGGUAGGGUAGGGUAGGGUAAAUUGCAUAUAAUCUUAUAUCUUUUUAGGGGUAGACUCUCUUGUUCACUCUGAUCUUCACGGUGGUAACACAAUGUUCCAAACAAAUUCUGAUGGUAGUAUAUCAAACAAGCUUGUCACAAUCUUUGACUGGCAAUCUGGAGCAGCAGGCAACUCGCUUUGUGAUCUAGCUGGCUUCACCUUUAUGUCAGUAGAUCCAGAAGUUCGUCGUGGAUGCCAGCAAGAGCUUAUGGACACUUUUUAUGAUACCUAUGUGACAAAUUCAAAAUGUCCUAACCCCAAGUUUACUAAAGAAGUUUGUCAAGAGCUAUACGAGCUGGCAAUGAUUCAGGCUGGACUGGAAUGGUUGAUGAACUUCGGAUUUUUUGCUACAAAGCCAGUUGGCAAGAACCAAGCACAAAGUGAAGCCAUUGUGGCUAGAAUGGCAUUGAGGGCGAGGUUUGCUCUGGAAGAUUCGUUGAAGUUGAUGGAGAAACAUGAUUGUCAUAAGAUUAUGAAGAGGUUGAGAGAGUAA